AGCCUCUAGGUCCAUCAGCCUCAGAGCCAACUCUGGCUGUGACGAGAUGGGGCUGCUCCGGCCAGGCCUAUGGCUAAAGAAAUUAUGGAUUCUCUUGUUGGUGGUUGUGGAGGUGGCCAUGGGCAAAGUGUUAAUGACACUGUUUCCAGAAAGAGCCACGCAGAAUAUCUUGGCCAUGGGCCAGAAGACUGGUAUGACCAGAAACCCCCAAUUCUCCCCUGACAACUGGGUCCCGACCUUCUUCAGCAUCCAGUAUUUCUGGUUCGUCUUGAAGGUCCGUUGGCAGCGACUAGAGGACAAGGCUGAGCUGGGGGGUCUAGCCCCAAACUGCCCUGUGAUUCGCCUCUCGGGACAGAAGUGCAACAUUUGGGACUUCAUACAAGGCAACAGACCACUGGUGCUGAAUUUUGGAAGUUGCACCUGACCUUCAUUUCUUUUCAAAUUUGACCAAUUCAAGAGACUUAUUGAAGACUUUAGUCCCAUAGCAGAUUUUCUCAUCAUUUACAUUGAAGAAGCACAUGCAUCAGAUGGCUGGGCUUUUAAGAAUAAUGUGGACAUCAAGAUUCAUCAGAACCUCCAGGACCGCCUGCGGGCAGCCCACAUACUGCUGGCCAAGAGUCCCCAGUGCCCUGUGGUGGUGGACACCAUGCAGAACCAGAGCAGCCAGCUCUAUGCAGCCCUGCCUGAGAGGCUCUACGUACUCCAGGAGGGCAGGAUCCUCUACAAGGGUAAACCUGGCCCUUGGAACUACCAUCCAGAGGAAGUUCGUGCUGUUCUGGAAAAGCUCCACAGUUAACAUGAACAGAUUCUCCAGCUCUAGGUGACCCACAGAAGGACUCCUCAGGCUUGGCUCUCCCCUCAGCCCAGCUGACUUCACCUUUGACCUGUGUUCCCAGCUGAACUACUAGCUCAAAAUUAAAUUUUCAAAUUUAAGCAAACAACUGCUGCUAGAGAGGGCAGGUCACAGCACCCAAUCAGGACAAAUUGUUUCCCCCCCUUUUUUUUUUUCCAGUACUAGGAAUUGAACCCAGGGUUGCUCUACCAUUGAGCCACAUCCCAAGCCCUUUUUGGUUUUUAUUUUAUUUCUCACUAAAUUGCCCAGGCUGGCUUCUAGCUUGUGAGCUUCCUGCCUUAGCCUCCCAGAUUAUAGGCACGUGCCAUUUCGCCCAGCACAAAUUUUUAUAGAGAAACUGAAGUAACACCUGAGCUGUUCAGGCAAAUGAAUUGUUAUCAUGCAACUCCACCCUGCUCCCUCAGUGGAGACCACAUUCUUCGCACAAUGUCUUCUAGUGAAAUGGCAGUCGCCCUCCACUGGCUUACUCCUGAAGUGUGGCGUCUCCCUUGCUGCUCUAAUACCAAGUGGUUCAAUAUGGUACCCCUUCUGUGAGGCAAGUCCAUUUGGCCAAACCUGCCAUUCAUAGGACUGAUCAUUUAAGACACCAAAUUGGCUUUUAGAACAAAGCACAGGAAGAAUUCCACUUGUUAGGGAGAGAUGAGGAAUUGGAAGGGGAGGGCAUGGGAAGAGAAGAAAUGAUAACCCGGAUAACUCGUUCCUUGACAAAAGAUUUAAAUCAGUCAGUGGUGGUGAUGAGUGAGUUUCCAUGGUAACCAUCUCCAAUUCUGCCAGGAAAAGGAGAGUAUUCACUUUACCAUCUUUGAAUAUAUUUCACAGAAAUCUGGCUCUCUGUUCUCUGGUAUAUUCCACGAUUUUCACUUAUCAAGGAGUGAUAAGGAGGAUUUUUGACUUCCCCAAAGCAUUAUGAUCAUGACCAAAGCAGACAAUAAGCACCGGCAAAAGCUAUCAUUCAGCUACACAGAAGCUCAUAAUUGAAAUUGUUUCCCCAAGUUCUUCACUAGUCUCUGAAUGGUCAUUUGUGUUAGAUCACAUCAGACUAAUGGAUAACCUUUAGAAUUCAUCUGUUUUUUAAAAAUAUUUUUUAGUUGUCAAUGGACCAUUAUUUUAUUUAUUCAUUUAUACAUGGUGCCGAGAAUUGAACCCAGUGCCUCACACCUGCUAGGCAAGUAUUCUACCAAUGAGUCACAACCCAGCCCUAGAAUUCAUCUGUUUUAACUCUGCUUCUUUUCAUAUUUGUUUAUGAUGGCCACAGCCUAAAGUACCCACAGCUGUGACUUGAUUUUAAAAAAUGUUCUAAGAUGCAGCAAGCUAAUACAGAACAAUUAAAACAUAUCAAGCUA